CAGCUCCGGCCGCCGAGCAGCUCACACUUUCUCCGCUCAGGUGCGCCUUGCAGACAGAGAUGCGCGUAAUGGAGCGCACUUUCCGAGAGCAGCUCUUCUUCCUGGUGUUGUGUCUGUCUGUCCUCAAAGGAGACUCCAGAUAUAUUGAGAACAACGAAAUCUCAAAAGAUGAAUUAUACUCAUUUUUCAACUCGGAGCUAAAGAGAGAAACACCUGAGGAGCUGAUGUACCGUCGACCUUUACGCUGUCUGGACAUGGUUGCAUUGGCGGGUCAGUUCACCUUCACAGCAGACCGUCCUCAGCUCAGCUGUGCCGCCUUCUUCAUGGCGGAGCCCAACGAAGUGAUCAGUGUGGAUUAUGACAGCGUUGACAUCGACUGCAGAGGCGGAGACUUCAUCACUGUGUUUGACGGUUGGGUGAUGAAAGGACAGAAGUUCCCCAGCUCCCAGGAUCACCCGCUGCCUCUGUACGAGCGCUACGUGGAUUACUGCGACUCCGGAUCGCUGAGGAAAAGCGUACGCUCCUCUCAGAACGUGGCCAUGGUCUUCUUCCGCAUCCACAACGCCGGCAGCAGCUUCACCCUGACAGUCAGGAAACACAUCAACCCCUUCCCCUGUAAUGUCAUCUCCCAGUCACCAGAGGGCAGUUACACAAUGGUGAUCCCACAGCAGCACAGAAACUGCAGCUUCUCCAUCAUUUAUCCAGUGGAGAUCGACAUCUCGGAGUUCAGCCUGGGACACUACAACAACUUCCCCAAGAGGUCUAUGCCUGGAUGUGCAGAAACUGGGGAUUUUGUGCAGCUGCUGGGAGGAAAUGGCAUCGAUACAUCGAAGCUGCUUCCCAUCACAGACCUCUGCGUCUCCUUCACUGGACCCACCCACAUGAAGAUCGGCUGUGACAACACGGUGGUGAGGAUGGUGUCCAGCGGGAAGUUUGUCAACCGGGUGUCUUUCAGCUACAGGCUACUCGACAGUCAGGAGUUACAGACGAUCAAACUCAACAACGUGGAAGAUUUCUGUUUCAGCAACUGAUCCUAACAGGGUCAUAACAUGACAAAUGUAUCAUUUGACUGCAAACAUUUUGAAAAAAUAUUUUAUUGAAAGCAACAGAACCGCCUAAUCGGUCCUUCUGAUUCAAUCCAAAGAUAUUAAAAGUGUAUGAAACAUACAAUAUAUACUGUCAUAAGAAUAUUAAAUGCUCCAACAUUUACUGGUAUUUCUUUUUUUGUUGCCAUCUUUUCAUUGUAGUUGUUGCUAAAUAAAUCUUAAUUAAGUGUCCUUUUGUGUUUGGUGGAAAUGCAGUUGUUUUAAUUUAUGCCUUUGUGUACAAUAGAUGUAUUUAUUAAGAUGAGACUUAUAUUGCUAACAUGUUCUUCAUGGGUUUGUGAUCAACAUUCUUGAAAAGGAAUGGUGCUAAAAUGAAUGUUAGUGUCCGUUUGUGUGAGUGAUACAUGACGUGCUGAGUCGCUCCCUGCUGGGUGAAGCUAAAGGGAUACAGAUGAUAAAUGCAAGUACUCAUUGCCAUUAUGCAGUUAAAUUUGAUAAAAAAAAACUUUUUUGUAAUAAAAUUAUACUGCAUGACAAAGCA